UGUUUUGUGACUGGUAGCAACAUGUCUGGUCGGGGCAAAGGCGGCAAAGGACUCGGAAAGGGGGGCGCUAAGCGCCAUCGGAAGGUACUUCGCGAUAACAUUCAAGGUAUCACCAAACCAGCUAUUCGUCGGUUAGCUCGUCGUGGCGGUGUCAAGCGUAUUUCUGGGUUGAUUUAUGAAGAAACCCGUGGCGUGCUCAAAGUUUUUCUUGAAAAUGUGAUCCGCGAUGCUGUUACUUACACUGAACAUGCGAAGCGCAAGACUGUAACAGCCAUGGACGUGGUUUAUGCUCUAAAACGCCAGGGUCGUACUCUGUACGGAUUCGGGGGCUAAGCCUUUCUUCUGACUUACCUUUAGAACCAAAUGACAAGAAACACAAAGGCUCUUUUAAGAGCCACCCAUAUUUUCAUAAUAAGAGUUGUGUUGCUAAAUAGAGUUUUCUGAAAGUAUGUCUUUAUAUUUUAGCUAGGUACACUAUUUGUCUUAGUGUUCC